AAAAGUGAUGAAUGAUACUUAUGAGUCAGGAGAACAACUUGACAACAAUACCUGUACUCCUUUCAUUCGCAAGUUGGUCGAAUUUAUAGAAGAACCUUCUACUAAUCACAUUGUUUCCUGGAGUCCCAACGGGAAGAGUUUUGUUGUUUGGGAUCCUGGACAAUUUUCGACUGUUAUACUACCCAACUAUUUCAAACAUGGAAACUUAUCAAGCUUUGUUCGUCAACUGAACCAAUAUGGCUUUCACAAGUGUAGUCAGAAACGUUAUGAGUUCUCACACGAGCUGUUUCAACGUGACCAACCAGAAUUGUGGGUUGGCAUUCAACGCAAUCGACCUGUUGGAGUUGUGAAGGACAAACGCUUUGUAAAGAGUCCUAACCUUAUAUGUUAUAACCCAGUAUUUGGUUUGCCUUUUGUUCCUGAAGAGUAUCUUCUUUCAGACUUGGGGGAAAUUCUCUAUCGAAAAAACGAGAGUUUAAAGGAAACAGUUGCUCGACAACAAGAAGAGAACGAAAUUCUAAAGAAGCGUUUACGGGAGUAUGAAGCAGAACUGGUUUCACUUCAAGCCCAAUUUAUUUCAAAGUUUGGUAGUAUGGUAGUUUCUAGGAAUCAAAGAGGUGAGAACUUUGCAAGAGGAAGAUAUGAUGAGGAUGAAGAGAAUGAAACAACAGCACCUAAUGAGAAUUUACAGACUAUUGAAAACAUCAAAACUACUUUGGGUUGUUUUCAAAGCGAGGAAGAUUCGUUUGAUGAGAGUUCGAAGAGAGACUUCCAGAGUUUUGGAACUGCAAGGAAGAGCAAUUUUGCAUAUCUUUUAUCACAAAAUUUAGAUGAAGAAGAUUCCGUCAAGUUUUCAUCGAGUGGCAAUUUUCAUAAGUUGAGAGUAUCUGGUCAUAACGUCUCAGAAGGCUAUGCUCUAGGGGAGCAGCAAGGGAAUAUGAAUAUGGAUAAUCCAAGUGCUGAAUUCUCAUAUCCAAGAGCGUUUCCUUUUCAAGAGUCUUUUAACCAAGAUAGCAGUUCUUUAAAGAAUCUUAUGGAAAGUUUGCAUCAGGAAACCAAAGCAGUUCUUGGAAAACAUGAACGGUUUGAAAGUGGUUCCUCAUCUAUGUUAUAUUUUCCAAAAUUGUUGAGAACUGAUGAACAUCAUGAAGUUGUUAGUGAUUCCUUACCAGAAGUUGUAACAGGUAAGGAAGAAGAGUUACGAGAAGACGCAUUGUUUCCAAAUUCUCAUUUGGCGACAACUUCAGACAACAAUGCCAUUUUGAGUUCGCAUAACGAGUAUGGACAAUUGAAUACAGAAAUAUCCAACUCAUUUGAUUUUCCAAGAGAUUCAGAAGAGAACUCGCAAGGAAAAAUUAUUUCUUCGCAAGAUUGGCCAUUAUUAGAGAAAAGUAUGGAUGAACUUUCUGCCAAUUUAUCUUCGAUGUCGUUUUCUGCAACUUUAGCUGCGACUAUGCAACAAAUAGAAGAUGAACAAUAUCAUGAAAAAGAAAAAACUACUUUUCAAGAGUAGAAUGUAAACACUUAACUCAGGGUAUGGUAUAUAGUUUAGUCAAG